GCACAGUGGACGGGGUCAGGGUUAAUAAUUCUCCUGCAUGUCUUCGGUCCUGACCUGGAAGUGUGCGCCGUGGAGCGGGCGGUGCCGUCCUUCUACAUCCGGUGUGCUCGAACCUUUCACGGGCAGCGAAGACAGACGAAGAAUGGAGAGAGCGAGAGCCGCGAGCGAGCCUCCGCUGCUAGCGUGAAACAUCAAGUAUAACAACAAGUCACACACCCGUUAACCGUAUAUAUAUUAAAAAAAAAAAAAAAAAAACAAAAAAAGCUCCGGCAGCUUUUCGUUUAUACAUCUCGGCGUGACUGCUACGCGAGCCGUGCCCCGGUCGUGUGGCUUCAUCCCGGCGGAGGUCGUCCACUUUCUCAUUCCCGUGACAAAUGUUGACAACAGAGCUCAGCCUGUCCAACGACUGUUAGAGGCGACAGGGCGAGGACGUGGAGGGAGUGUCGGGUUAGCUGUACCGGGUUUUGUCUCAUGAGAGUGGCUGUGCCAUCCAGGCACUGCCAGUGACCAGGGCUGUGGCUGUGGUGGGCCCGGCCCAGGAGGCCUUUUUGUACAUCACUCCUGGCUCCCACUGACCUGUGCUGUUUACACCAUGGAUCAACAGAGAGACAAAUAUGGCGAGCGGCCCGCAAGGGCUGCUAAAGUUUCGCAGGGAAGCCGCAGCGGACACUCGUCUCGGCCAUCUGGCUCCUCCAGCUCGUCUGGGGUUCUCAUGGUGGGGCCAAAUUUUCGUGUGGGCAAGAAGAUCGGCUGUGGAAAUUUCGGUGAAUUAAAGCUUGGUAAAAAUCUGUACACCAACGAGUAUGUAGCUAUUAAACUGGAACCAGUGAAGUCGAGGGCGCCACAGUUGCAUUUAGAGUAUCGGUUCUACAAAACACUGGGAACUACAGCCGAAGGUGUGCCCCAGGUGUUUUACUUCGGGCCCUGUGGGAAAUACAACGCCAUGGUUCUGGAGCUGCUGGGCCCGAGUCUAGAGGACCUCUUUGACCUUUGUGACCGGACCUUUUCACUGAAGACUGUCUUAAUGAUAGCAAUUCAGCUGAUUUCUCGAAUGGAGUAUGUGCACUCGAAAAACCUCAUCUAUAGAGACGUAAAACCUGAAAACUUUCUCAUCGGAAGGCAAGGGAAUAAAAAGGAACACAUUAUCCACAUCAUUGACUUUGGCCUGGCCAAAGAAUACAUCGACCCCGAGACCAAAAAACACAUUCCAUACCGGGAGCAUAAGAGUUUGACUGGCACUGCUCGAUACAUGUCCAUCAAUACACACUUAGGCAAAGAGCAAAGCCGACGAGAUGACCUGGAGGCCUUAGGCCACAUGUUCAUGUAUUUCCUUCGUGGGAGUCUACCGUGGCAAGGACUGAAGCAGGCCGACACGUUGAAAGAGCGAUACCAGAAGAUCGGAGACACGAAACGAAACACUCCCAUCGAGGUCCUCUGUGAGAACUUCCCAGAGGAGAUGGCCACCUACCUACGAUAUGUGAGACGGUUGGACUUCUUCGAAAAGCCCGACUACGAAUAUCUGAGGACUCUGUUCACUGAACUGUUCGAGAGAAAAGGAUACACCUUUGACUACACUUACGACUGGGUUGGCAGGCAGAUACCCACACCAGUGGGGUCUGUCCAUAUAGACUCUGGAGCAUCUGGAGUCACAAGAGAGAGCCACGCUCACCGAGACCGGCCCUCGCAGCAUCCACCAAUUAGAAAUCAGACAGCGGUCUCAGAUCGACGAGGAGCAUGGGAGGUGCAGCCCACACGCCAAGCAAACUCCUCCUAUCUGACCUCCCACCUGGCAGCGGACAGGCACGGGGGCUCAGUGCAGGUGGUCAGCUCGACCAACGGGGAGCUGAACGCAGACGAUCCACUGGCGGUUCACUCCAACGCUCCGAUUACAGCUCAGGCAGAGGUGGAAGUGGUCGACGAGGCCAACUGCGUGAAAAUGCUCAACCUGUGGUGCUGCUGCUUCUUCAAGCGAAAACGGAAGAAGAACACGCCGAGGCACAAAUGAUCGUCCACCACUGGCCUGAAACGCUCUGGCUCAGUUGAUUGUGAUUUCAGAAAUCAAUAAAAGUCCCAUCCGGAAUGAACGAGGGAGACAACUGAAAGAUCUUGAUUGAAUUGUUCUCUGGAGGAGGGACCAGUUAAAAAAAUGAUUUGUUGAGAUGUACAAGACGCUUUUUGUCUUUUUUGAUGGGAGUCCUUUUUGUUUUUUGUUUCUCCAAGAUGUUGUGGGAAUGUUUUGCAGGCCAGUCGUCCAAACGGGGGAAACCUAUUUGUUGGAAUUGUGCAGAGGAUAAUCUUGUUCCUGGAUUUUUUUCCUCCUCAAGUCAUCCAACAUUUUUAUUUUUCGCUCCUUUUUUUUUUUUUUUUUUUUUUGCUCCCAUUUCUCUUCUGUGGUAUUGCAAAGGAAGAGACAGAUCUUCCCGUGGAGUCUUUGCCAUCUUCGAGCUCUCACAUAACUAUGAUUUCUUUGUUUGACUCACAUUGAAUCAUAUUUUUAUUUCACCAUCUGUCGAGUCCCGGUUGAAAGUGAACUCAUUUUACACACAAAGCCUCCUCUGGUCUUUCCUGACGUGGGACUGAAUGUAAACCUGAACACACGAGGAGCCGAGAGUGUAACUGCCUAAAUCUUCACGUACAGGCACAAAGAGCAUCAGUCUGCCAUUUUGGCCCCUGCACUUUCUUUUUCUUUUUUCUUCUUCUUUUUUUUUUUUUCUCUUUCCUCCAAAGAGGUCAACCCUGGCACUGGGACCCGGGCCUGAGAGAACAGAAGACCAGAGACGCCUCCUGUACUGUGUUCUCUGAGGAUGAUUUCUGCUCACGCUGCUUGGUUAAAGCACUCCCCUUAACCAACGCCGCUGUCAAAACACACUACAGUCUCUUUGGACUCUUAUGCAGUUUCUGCUCCUGUUGGCUUUGUGAUGAUGAGCAGCAACCUGACACUUGUAGACGGGGGCUGUGGGGUAAAAACAAAACGACAACAAAAAAAAAUGCUAUUUAUGCUAUUUAUCUCUUGGUUGCCACCAGUUUUCUUACUAAUUCUAAAACAUACACACUGAAUGUAUGGACAGAAAGGUAAAUGACUUUGGAGCAUUUAUAUAAUCUGUCAUGCGCAUGGGAAGGAAAUUGCAGUUUAAAGGAGAUGAAACCAAUGUUUAGAAAAAACUAAAUAAAUUGAGACCAAAAGUGGAUUAGAGGGUGGGAGGGUCUUAAUAAUGUGAUGGUUAAUGAUGGACUCUACACCUGUAGACACUGGGGGAUGUUGCUUUGGAGUGACAAGAGAAACUGGCACGAUGUGAUUUUGGAGAUUGAAUCACAGCCUCUCGACGCUACUGUCCAAUGCCUUAACCCCGCAACCAACAAACCAAUCGACCAGUCGACGCAUCACAUCGCCAGCUGGAUAAACAAGCUGGCAGCAUGACGGUUGUGAGAUUCGCAGCGUGAUUUUUAUUUUUUUUUUGUUUUUGUUUUUUUGGGUUCAUCUGUAUAAUAAAAACCCAAAAGUUGCGGACUGUUCCCAGCUAGUAUCAGAGCAGUUAAUGACUUCUCUUGUAACACUUGAUUAUGAAUUCCCAAUACAGAGAGAGAGAGAGAGAGAGAGAGAGAGGGAGAGCGAUGCCAAAUGGAAGGUUUGGUGUAAUAAUCUGUAACGGUGUUAAAGACGUCCCUGCCCCCUGCGUGUCCAGUUAGGUUUAUAUAUAUAUAUAUAUAUAGUAAACCUGAGUGAGGAUGAGCGAACAUGUCCAUACCAUUUUUUUUUUCUUUUAAUUUGAAGUGUCAUGGAGGACUGCCUUGAAACAAAAUCCUCGAUAUGUCACCUUGCCUAUCCUCCUAACAGAGUGAAUUACCGUACAUAGGUGUUUUAUUUUUUUAUAUCUUGCUAAUGUGAAUUUUUUUUAAUGCAUUGUUUUUUUUUUUGUUUUUUUUUUUUCCCAUUCCAAAUAGCCAUGGUUUUAUGGGGAAAGAGAGAGAGGGUAACAAGAAAAAAAAGGAAAAAAAAAAAAAAGCUUGAGACCAUGACUGCACUACAUUUGUUGACCCCGGCUUUCCCUGACGAGACCCUGCCUUCUUAAUACUGUACUUUAAACGUGCUUAUUACUUUAAUUGUAGCUGCCUUGUACGCUAGGCCUUCCCUAUAGGGUGCAGGGAAUACACUUUAAAAAUUUUUUUUUUUUUUUUUAACCCUCCCACCCCCUCUUCCGCCUUUUUUUGUGCCAUGACACCUCCCCACCCUCCCCUUGCUUUCCUAUCCACACACACACGCAGGUCCAAGAUGAAUCGCCUCUGCGAUUCUGCGUUUUGUGGACCUGCUCCAUCAUCUUUAGGAAUACAAUGUUGUAGAUGUUGCGAACUAUCUCAAUGAAUCAGUAUGUAAACCUGCUUGUCGCGUGUAUUUACACUGUAUAGCUUUUUUUUUUGUUGUUUUUUUUUUGGUUUCUUCUUCCCCCCCCCCCCUGACAUGUCAGUUACUCCGGGGUCUAAGUUAUUGUGUUAUUGAAAGUACUUGAAUAUGAAAAAUCUACGGGACCUUUUUUUUUUUUCUCUUGGUCAUUAUCAUAGUUAUUCCACAUAUAGGAUUUGAGGGGAAUGCUGGGAAAAACAGGCUAUUUGAAUGACAGGUAUUCAUUCGUUUGAGACGUCUUAGUGCCUCUUGAGUGUGUUGGACAGGUGACUCGCCUGGGAAAGUCCCGUGCCGGCUGGUGUAAAUGAUUUUUAACCAAGAAGAGGCGCAGUUGGAUGUGGGUUUGGAGAUUUGCCUCUGUGAAACAUUCACCUUUAUGUAUUUUGAGCUGGUGUCUUUGAAUUAUAGUUUUUUCCUAGACGCCAAACCUGUGACAUCUGCUGCCUGUGAAUUUUUUUUUUUUUUCCCCCACCACAAAGCAUCAGCGGCACCUGGACUGUUUGAUUCCAGCUACCUGAGAAAAGUUGAAAGUAUUUCUGUGUAGUGCGAUGGAUAUCCAGACUAUAUAGCCUUCAAUGUUCCCCUGAAUUCCCCCGAGUGCCAUUCCUGAGACUACUACUAGCCCAUGCCUUUUUACCUGUGCCAGGAAAAUAUGAAGUUGAAUGUUGUUGUUUUGUUUUUUUUGUUUUUUUUUUUGACCAUCGCAUUCCACCUUGUGUCCUUGUCGUGUCAUUUUUGAAAAUCUGCAGAGCAGCAGGGCUCAGUUUAGUACCAGGAAGUGUUGCCAGAGAGCGUCGGAAAGAGGAAACAAAAAGUAUUUUUAUGAGUCGGCUUCUUUCUUUUGUGUUUAUAAAUCGAAAGAAACCAACAUUUUUAUCGAAACCAAGUUUAUCGCUUCAAAUUUGUGACCGGUCAUCUUUGCAACAUCGGCUUCUUCCUUAAACUGUGGGUCGCCUCGCCAAAACCAGUAGAUAUAGAUAUAUUACUCUGAUGUAUUUACUUUGAAACUCUCUGGGCCUGCAUACAGAGCGUUAUAGGAGUACUCUGUAUGCUUCGUAUCUGCAUGGCUUUAUCUGGAGACGGCGACAGCCUCUGUUUUUGAAUUUUCUCACCUGCAGGGCUCGUGUACCGCCGGGUCGGCGAGUGAGACGUUAUGGCUUCCAGUCCUCAUGUAAAAUAAAUAAACCUUUUCAUGUUUUCUCACAGCACAUUCCAGUUCAGUUCCCAUUUAUUUCUGACAUACUUCCCUUUGAGUCAGACUCCUGUUUCAUGGCUUCGGUUGUGUGUAACUCACAUUCCUGUGUGUCAAAGCAGAGGACAGUCAAAGUGUGAAUGAAUGGCUUUCGGUCUUUUUUUUUUUUUGGGUUCUCUGGCACUUUUUUUCCUUGUUGCUGUACUGUAGAGUUGUCUUGGAUUUACUGUAUAUUUUUCUUUGAGGGAGAGGUUUAGGGAGACAUUUACUGCAAUAUCGUGAUGAUUAUUUGAAAAUUGUAAAUUGUACAGAGUUCACAAUUAUACUCUUUGUUCUUUCUGUUGGGAUUCCAUAUAAAAUAUGUAUUCUUUGAUUUAUUUUUAUUUUUGUUUCCCUCUCAGACUGUGGAAAAUCAAAUUGUACAGCUCCAAGAGUUUAUCCUCCCCUCAGCAUUGUUUUUUUUUUUUUUUUCAGAGCUAUGAUUAAGAGAAAUCUUAAAACUGUAAAUAAAUAUUAUUGUGUUGAAAUAUGAAUGUCACUUCAAAAAUGUAUUUGAAUGAGUUAGUCAAGGGCUUCAAGAAUGAAGGACCCACAUUUCUUCUUUUUAUGGUUUCAUAUUUUUAAUUUACAGAAAGGUAAAGGUCCUUUUUAUCAGAGAUGUUUUGUUUUUGUGUUUUUCCCUCCUUGGAUUCAUAUAAUACAAUGUUUUACACAUGAACCUUAUGAAAUCACUUUUUAUUCCCUCCACACCUAAAGGGAAACUCCAGUUUGCACCCUUUUUUAUGUAAAAUAAAAGAUCUCUCCACCUUGCGA